GAACCUUUUCUAAAAGGGACAGAGAGCACCCUGCUGCAUUUCCUAAUUGUGGGCUGGCGUGCUGGAGUGAGCUGGUCAUGAUGCAGAAGGUUCUCAAGUGUAGUAGCCUGGUCCUGGCUCUCACUCUCAUCCUGGUUUUGGAAUCUCCAGUCCAAGGUUAUCCUAUGCGGAGAGCCAGGUACCAGUGGGUACGCUGCAGUCCCGACAGUAACUCUGCAAACUGCAUCGACGAAAAGGGACCUCUGCUCAGCCUCGCUCCAGGUGAAUCUAACAGGAUCCCGCCUACAAGGACUGACCCUUUUUCAAUGAGAAGAUUCCAGAACUUGAAUGAUGUCUUCCCUCUUUCUGAGGACUAUUCUGGAUCAGGCUCUGGGUCUGGUUCUGGCUCUGGAUCGGGAUCUGGAAGCGGCUCUGGAAAUGGUUUCCUAAAUGAAAUGGAACAGGAAUACCAACCAGUCGCUGAAAACGAUGCUUUCUAUUACAACUUCAGGUCUUUCGAGAGGAAUCAGCCCUCAGACAACCACAACUUGGGUCAAGACGGAUUAGAAGAGGAUUUCAUUAUAUAAAAAUGAGGGUUUCCCCACCUUGACACCUGGCGAUGUAUCCAGUGUUUUGUGUACUGUGGUUCAAUGAUCAGCCUUGGGACAAAGAGUUUUAUAGAAAUUUUUAAAUAUCUGAAAAAGAACCUUAAGCUUUAUCACCUUUUUUCUCAUAAAUUCUUAAAGGAUUAUGCUUUAAUGCUGUUUUCUAUCCUAUACCUUCUUUUUCUCUUUUUUGGCACUGGGUAUCAAACCCAGGGCUUCACACAUGCGAGGCAACUACUUUACCACUGAGCUACAUCCCAACCCAAAUACCUGCAUUUUUUUGGGUUCUCUUGUUCAACCAACAACAUUAUGAAAUUAACUAAACUCCCAUGUGCAUAAAGUUACUUUAAAGAAAAAUUAAGCUGUUUUUAAAAAGUUCAGAUUGAGAAGCAAAUUGAUAGGCAACAUUUUAUACCUCAAUCUUCAGGCACCUGACUUAUGAAUUGUAGAUCUAUCCCUGUUCCUAUGGGAAAAUAAAAGAUGAAACAGUGCAUUUAUAGAGUGGGAAUUUGACAUGGUGUACAGUGUGAAGAGUGGUGUUAUACUGUGACCGCUGGAUGCGUCGCAAAGCUGGAGGACAUUGUUCAUUGGGAAGUGCGAUUGUUGUUAUGAUUAAAAACUUAAGACCCCAACUAAAGCACAGUUGAGCUUCUCAGUAUUGCAUACUGCUUUACCUUUUUUCCCUGGAUAUCUCCCAUUUUUCAAAUGUUAUUCUAUUAAAGCAGAAGUAUAACCAAA